AUAUUUAUGUGUUCAAAUAAAUAAUAAAUAAAUAAAUCUAAUAAAUGAAUAGUAAAUAAAUAAACUAUAUACUGGAAAUUGUUGUAGAAUGCAUAUCAGUUUACAGGCAUGAUCAGAUUGAUAACCAAACCAAAGCGGUAUGAGAUGAAAUUUUUUGUUGUUGAAAGAAUGUAGUUCAUAGAUUGUUUUGGUUGGACAUUUGUCACAAAAAUUUCAACAAUAUGAGUAAACAGUUAGAAGCAGCCCUUUAAUUCUUUGUAAGAGGAACAUCCUGUCCAUAUACUUUCUAUAAUGCAAUUAAUCUAUUUCUAGUUCAAAUUAAUAGAUUGAAUACGGUUAAACAAUCAUAAGUUUUGAAUUGUCAAGAAGGAAGUUGAAAGUGUACAGUUGUGAUUGUUAAAAUCUGCCAUCAAGAUGUAUUUUUUUACUUUUAAAAAGAUCCCAUUCUAUUUUAGACUGGAAUAUUGAUCUAACCUCGUCAACGAUGUCUUUUCGACAGGCUAUUUCAUCAUUCAAUUAGCAUUUGAUUCAUGAUAGAGAUGAAGAAUACAUUUAUUAAAACAGAAAAUUAUACAGAAACGACGAGCAGAAUUCGUUUCUCGUACUCAUAAACAAAAACCCAAUACAAUCAAUCGAACGGAAAUAAUCGAAUUGACAUCUGAUAAAUCCAAAGUGAUUCCUAAUGUUUUCACUAUGUCAAGUGAUAAUUCUUGUGAACAAUCAUUUUCAAAAUUGGACAAAGAUGUAUCAGUUGAAAAAAUGUCUUCAGUGAAAUCUCAUUCGAUUAGACCGAAUAAAAAAUCUAAAUCGUUCAUUGUCAAUAACAAAUCAGAAAAUGAUCAAUCAAAUCGACAGUAUAAUUUGCAAAACUCAACUUCGAAUUUAUAUUCAACAAAUAACAUGAAAGAAGUAUGGUUUGAUAAUGUACCACAGGCUUUAAUUGCUAAUUCAAUGCAAGAUCAAUCGGCUACAACAAAAUCUUUAGUGAAACUAACAUCAUUUUCAGGUCCGACACGUCGUAUUGCAAUGGAUUGUGAAUUCGUUGGAGUAGGUUUUGAAGGUAAAGAUGAUGCAUUAGCACGUGUUUCAAUUGUAAAUCAAUUUGGUCAUACCCUAUUGGAUGCUUAUGUACGUCCAGAAGAACGUGUUGUUGAUUAUCGAACAAAAUUCUCUGGUAUAAGACCUCGUGAUUUGCGAAAAAAUGGACCAGCUCGAGCGUUCAAUGAUGUACACAAAGAAGUUGCAGAAUUGAUAAAGAAUAAAAUACUAGUUGGACAUUCUAUCCUGAAGGAUCUUAAAGUUUUAAGAUUGUCUCACCCUCGUCGUUUUAUUCGUGAUACAUCACGUUAUCGUCCAUUUCGGGAUUUAUUCAAUGGUCGUAUACCAUCACUCAAGGCAUUGACACAAAAAGUUCUUGGUGUGAAUGUACAAAGUGGUGAACACGAUUCAGUUGAAGAUGCUAGAGCUACUAUGCGUCUAUACACAUCUGUGAAACGUGUCUGGGAAUCAAAGAAAAAGCAUCGGACUUCAAAAACCGAACAAGUCAAGAAGAAUAUAAAUCUAGAAGAACAAGGCGUACUGAAUGUAAAAGAUGAAUAUGAGUCUGGAUUACAUGAAGAAGUGAAAUGUCAUAAGUCUCAACAACACCAACACCAACAACAAUCUACAACUUCCACUAAAGAUUCUAUUCAUAAAUUCAAACAAUGGGAUCCAAUACGUAAUCGUAAAUGUUCAAAAAAUCGAAUGAAAUUUCUCAAUCGACAUCGUAAACAUAAAAGAAACACAAACACACACACACAGAGUAAUAAACCAACUUGAAGUAGAAUAAACCAUUGAAUUGCUUAAUCUUUCUCUUUAUUCUUCUUAUUAUUCUUAUGAACUAAAUCACUGAUGAAAUAUCUCUGUACAAUUUUUCC